AUGGUCAGCGGAGACAAGCCAGGCCUCACCGCGCUGCCCAUUGAAGUGGAGGUCGAGCUCGAAAGAGCCAGGAGGUUGGGUGACCGCUUUGCUGGGAGCUGCACGGAGGACUCCGAGCUGGCGCGGGAGCAGCGGGCCAGGCGCUUCAGUGCCGAGUUCCUGAAAGUGCCUGUGCUGGCUCACGGCCUCAAGAAUGGCGAUGAAAUCGCCAAGUUGGAGGCGAGCCUCGAACUCACCAGGCAGACGCAGCUCCAUGAAUUCUUGUCGGCAGACCCUGCGCAGGAGGGGCCGAGCCGCACGGCUCAGCUCGAGAAGGCGCUGCGAGAGAGCUUGGAGGACAUCUCUGUCAAGUCGAUCCUCGACUUUCGAAUCUCUGGCACUGGCGUUCCUGCAGCGGAGGCGACCGCCACCGCCGCAGUGUGCGCCAUCGCCAACAUCGAUGAGACGGCGCCUGCGUUGUCCAUCCACGCCCUGGACCCUGAAAGGCCCUGGGCAGAUUCCCUGGAGGUCUUGAGCAAGCCAGGGCAUUUCAUCAACACUCUCCGGCGCUUCCCGCAGGCUUCUGCUAAAGGCGCUGUCCCAGAGGAAAACAUCGUCGCAGCACGGCACUUUUUGCAGAUGGCACAAAGCCAUCGCGAUGCGGGCCACCCUGCUUUGAACAGCUUGGCCCGCUGGCUGACUGCAGCCGUGGAACUCUGGGAGGCGCAGCACUUGGAGGAACCCCGGAAAGCCCCCGCGGCGCCCAAAGCUGCGACGCGUGUGCAUGUUGUAAGCCACAAGCCCCACGACUUCCGACCGCUGCAACGCAACGAGGCAUCUUCCAAGGCGAUGCCGCUGCAGGUGAUCGAGCGCGAGGAUCCUGCCUGGUGGUGGUGGAUGAGACUUCUGCUUGUGGCAGGGUACUUUCUGGUGGCCUUCUGGAAGGCCUGUCGCUACGCGAGGUCCAUCGAGUUCUGGGACCGCGUGGGCGAUGUUCGCAAGAGCUUUCAGCGGAAGUGGCUGAAGAAGCAGCUUACAGCUGUGCUGCCGGAACUCAGCGACAACGAGUGCGAGGACAGCGAAAGGUGCCCGGAUCCCCAAAUCUCCGAGAGGCACAAGAGCUACAAGAUGCAGUUGGACGGGAUCGAGUCCAUCAUAGCCUACGAAUCCCUCACACAGGUCAUUGCGCCUUUUUGCGUCUUCACGGUGCUCCUCUCUCUGCUGAGACAUGAGCACAUGAGCCUUCUCUAUGGGGACACCAAUGUGGUACCCAUGGUCGUCACCGGCCUACUAUGGGCCCGAGGCCUUCCGCCGACACCGAAGCUUCGGCUUUUAAUUUGGCUGCUCCUGGCAGCAUGGUUCGGCUACAACACCGUGCGGCACCUCGUUGAUCGAAACUGGCUCUACUUUCUGGAAGAGGUGUGGUUGAACCAUAUGGUCUUUGUGACGAUGAUGUCCAUGGCUUUGGGCUUGCCCCGCGGGCUCAUAGUUGCCAACAUGAUCCUUCACACGGCUUUCUUCUUGUCUUUGAGCUUCUCCAACGACAAAAGCGAGAGCAGUGUCUCCCCGUCGAUGCAGGUCCUCCUGGUGUCGAUCAUGAUGCUCUGCAUGCACUACAGUGCUGUUUUGUCCAACAUCGUGUCGAGCAAAGCGAACGUGGAGUAUGCCCUGGUUCAAGCCGAGUUUACCCGGGUGAAAACCGAAAAGCGGGCCCUGGACUUGGAGGAGGAGAAAGCGCGGCGAGAUAAAGAGCUUGCCGAGGCACAGGCGAAAGAAGCCUUGGCGCAGGCGCGAGCGGCCGAAGAGGGACGACGCGCUGUGGAGGCAAAUGCCAAGGCCAUUGAGAAGAUGCACGACGCUUUGCGGGAUCUUCUCUCCCUGCUCUGUGGUGCUGUUGUCGAGAUCGACAGCGAAAUGAGGCUGCAGGAUCCUGGAAAGCUCGGCUCCGUGCUGUUCCAGAAUGAGAAGUUGGACCUAUCACGCCGAAAUUUGACCGAGUUCCUCUCGAAGGAAGAUGUUGCGCGCUUCGAGAAGUGGGUGGGGACGAGAGAGAUGCACGAGAACCCGAUCUCAGUUACGAUGGUGGGCUCCUACUCCAUUCGAAUUCGAAUGACGAUCUACGUUGCCGCCAUCGACCACCCCGGGGAUGUGACCACCUACGUCCUUGGCAUCACGGAGUCCGAGGACCUCGAGCAUGAGGUGCAUGUGACUCCGCCACCAGCACCGCCACCAACGCAGGACCUGCCAGUGUUCGCGACUGGGAGGCAUGAGCAGGAGCUUCCUAGUGUGCUGGAGUCCGUCACGGAGACUCCUACUCCCAAAGCAGAAGGCCUAGGCGUCAGAAGGGACUACGAUCCGAUCCAAGCGAUGGAUAAAGAGGAGCGGAUGCAGUCGUUGCUGCCCUUGCUCUGGUCUUGGCCUCUUCCGGAAUCUCGGAGAGGAGGCUGCUGCGAGACGCACUCCCUUAUCGCAGAGGCAGAGGAGCUUCUUGCAGAGCUCCGACAGAUUGACUGCCGAGAUGCACCACGCUGUUUGGUGUGGCAGUGUCCAACUUGUAAGCUUAAAGGCGUGCCACAAGAUCGACAUCACUACGAUGCUGAGCAGCACGUUUGCGCACGCUGCGCCGCCUGGGAGAUGUUGUUCUGA